AAGAGCGGUACCACGUGCUGCGGAGGAAGUGAACUGACAACAGUAGCGGGACUUAAGAAUGGAGAGGCACAGUCUCUCCUGCUUUAUAUCAGACCAUGAAGGUUUCCAUGGAACCAUAAAAAACUCACCCCAAGACUUUGUGGUUAUUGAGAUAGACAUCAAUGGACAACUUGUUAACAGUUCUAAUGUUCAAGAAGAACAUACAAAAAGUCCUUCUCGACCAAGUCAAGCUCCCAAAAGUGAUGAUAAAUUAAAGCAAUCUAAACCAGAUGACAUUGACAUUUUAAAUCAGGAUUGCUUUGAUCUGAAUAUAAUCUUGGGUCCAGCUGUGAACAAAGAGUUGGAACAUUUCACUAACAAAGUGAGAGUAAGAGCUAGUGAGCAAGAAAAGGUGGAACUGUCAUUGGGUACUUAUCCUGAUAAACACCUGAGAGCUGUUGUGCAUAGAGCAGUACGAUACAACUUCCCCUUCCUCCAGACUGUGACCAACCAAUCAGAAAUUCAGGUCAGAGAGGACCCAGACUUCAAGGAGCUUGCAAGUUUAGUCUCUGAGGGAGAAGCUGAGGAGUUCUUCAGGUUCAUCGAUGCCAAAGUACCUGGUUGUGUGUUCACCUUCCUGCCAGAUGAUAGCAAGGAGCACCGAACUUCAAUUCACCAUUUUGUUAGCAGGCGGUUUGGAAAGCUUGUGGAAACCAAGAGCUUCACAGACCAGCAGAAGACGUCCAUUACAGUGAGACUAAGAGAGAGAAGCAAACAACCCAAAAAGAGAACAACAGCAGAUUGUCAAGAGGAGGUGAUAUUAUACACAGCUUUCACACUGAGAAAGGAGAACUUGGAGACUUUGGAGGCCAUCAGCUAUAUGGCUGCUGUACUCGGAGUGCUUCCGUCUGAUUUCACCUACGCAGGAAUCAAAGACAAGAGAGCCAUCACCUACCAGGCCAUGGUUGUGAAAAAGAUCUCUCCAGAGCGUACAGUUCCUAUACAUCCAAGAACAACUAACAUUUUCAUAUCUCUCUCUUCAGGGAAUGCCAAGGAGAGCUUGGCUCUCAUGCCAGCUUACAAAGCCAGAGAGCGGCUUAUGCUCCGUGCGCUUCACAGGUACGGCAACGGACAGGAGGGUUGCAUACGUGGCUGGCUCAGUUUACCCCACAGCAUGAGGGUCUUCUACCUCCACUCUUACUGUAGCAGAGUGUGGAACGAAGCAGCCAAAUACCGGCUCCAGGAACUGGGCUUUAAGCCUGUCCAGGGAGAUCUGGUUUGGGCUGGAUCUGAAAAGGGACUCAAAGACACCACAGAGGAACUGAACACUCCACAGGUCCAUGUUGUGACCUCCGAGGAGGAGAAGGAUGAAGUUUUUUCAUUAGACCAGGUAAUUCUUCCGAUGCCAGGAAAUAGUGUCAAAUACCCAGAA